AUGCUGACUGAAGCUGAAAAUUCCCUUCUUGAAUCUGAAUGUUCCUCGAAGUCUCUGAUUGACACUCUUCUAGACUUCGGAGAACAAGCUUGCUAUGCCUUUCUUCUCCUUGGUGAUGUGUAUAAACUGCAAAGUAAUUUUCAAAAAGCUCAAAUGUGCUAUAAAGAAUGUCUUAAACUAAAUCCUUUCAUGUGGACGGCUUUUGAAAACCUCUGCUCCAUUAGUGAAUUUAUUGAUCCUGACGAGGUGUUCAAAGUAAACCCAUCCCUCGGUCUAUUUACACCGACGUUUACUGUUGUUGGACAGGCACUUUCAACCACCAAGUCUCCUGUGAAUGUCAACAUCAAAGCAGAGAGAGAUAAACUUGGCAGUAGAGAAAACGUCAAUCCGAACGGUCCUGUCAAAGAGGUUCCCGACUUGCCACUUGAUAGUGAUGCAGAAAAAAUGGCUGCGCCAUUUAGCACUACCCAAGUUGUAAAAAGCACUUACGUUUCCCAAUGUACAGCCACCAAUCAAGACUUUUCCACUACCCAUCCUCUCUUACCCGACGAUCUUUCAGUGAACUUUACCCCUGUCGGCUUUCCGGUGACCACAAUUACACCUAGUGCGCCUAUGAUAAAUCGGGAUGAACUCAAAACCAAGAAACUUUCCGCUACUGACAAUACAACGUCAGCUAAUGAAAUUCCAUCGUUUGGUUUCCUGUCAACGAUUCCCCAAAGCCCCAUGUUUGCAUGUCUCCCGGUGUUUUCUCGCCUCGAUUUAAAUUCCACCUUUGCCGUUUCUGUAUCAAGUUGGGAGAGCAUUCAACCCUUUCGACUAGCUUUCCAUCAGGCUACAGCUAAUCGCCGACUGAGCGGUCGUCAAGCUCCUCCCAGUAGUAGUCAGCUUCAAUCAACCAUUCUUUUCAACACGUCUACUACUAAUGCUACCUCGGCCCUGGCCCAAUGGCGGUCGAAAGAUGCCAAAGUUUCAACACCUAUGGCGACCACUGCAUCGGUAUCUCCCUCUGGUGGCAUUUUUGGACACAACUGUACCCGUGUGUCGGGUAUCACACCACUACCUCCAUGGCUUCCGGGCUCCCCCAUUUCCGUUAUGCCAGCGGCUGGGUCUUUGGGGAGUACUAGCACUCCUGCUGGCAAUGGAACUACUGCAUUUUCCAUGGCGAAACCUCUGAUCCUUGAUGAGUUGAGUGAAAGUACCAACGUCACCACUUCCCGAGUGAAUAACAUCCCAAUGGAGGUUAACGAAGCUGCUGAGGAUCUUUGUCGGGACUCUUCUGCAUCUAAUGAUGGAGGUGGUUUUGUGGAACCACGUACCCGAGCUCAGAAAGCCCGUGCAGCAGCCUCUGCUAGUCAGCGAAGGUCUACGCGCCUCAGCAGAGCUCCCAAGACAUCUACUGACGACCCGAUGAACGAGGAGUCCAAAAAAUCCUUUGUGCGACUCGUUACUACCACGAAGCUGCCAUCCCGACCGUCAACAGGGAAGGAAGAGGUGUCAGAAUACCCAAAGGUGGUUUGUACGGCUUCAGGUGAUAGAAGUGAUCCCCGCACUGAGGCGAUCUCGGCCUACCUUCACCUUCUUCGCUGUCUGGGGCGCUCUUUCAGUCUGCUCACACAGCACGACUACAAAAAUGCUGUCGCCAUUCUCUCCGAAUUGCCUUUUGAGCAUCUCGCUACCGGUCGGAUACUCGCAUGGGCCGCUAGAGCUCAUGUCGACGCUGUUGACUACCCCAAAGCCCAUCGCAUUUUUAGUGAAUUGAGACGGAUCGAGCCAUGGCAGCUACACGGCAUGGAUCUCUACUCCACCGUGCUUUGGUAUCAAGAAGCUGAUCAAGAGCUAUCCCAACUUGCAAGCGAUCUCCUCACAUUGGAUCGCAGUGCUCCAGAGCCCUGGACCGCUGCCGGUAACUACUACUCCCUUCAACGCGAGCACGACAUUGCAAUUCGCUUCUUCCGUCGGGCCCUGCAGGUCUGUCCCACGGACGCCUAUGCAUGCACUCUCUUGGGGCACGAGUACAUCUCAGUGGACAAUCUGGACCGUGCGGCCUCAGCUUUCCGACACGCGUUGCGUCUAGAUGGGCGCAGCUACAGUGCCCGAUUUGGCCUGAGUAAUGUGUACUUCAAGCAAGACUACUUCGGUCUGGCGGAUGCGCACCUUGUGCGAGCGAUUAGCCUCUUUCCCAACUCUUCCCUCCUUCUCACUCACCUGGGCGCGAUCCGAGCUCGGAUCGGACGAUUGGACGACGAACCAGGCAGCGCUAUCGAUUGUCUCAACAGGGCGGUCAAUUUGAACCCCACCAGUCCAAUUGCUCUAUACCAUAGGGCCUGUGUGCUGUCAUCGCUGGGACGUUAUCAGGACGCGAUAGAAGAGUUGGAACGGUUGAUGCUGAUAACUCCGCACGAGGCGAUGAUCUACUUUAUGCUGGGCCACGCCUACCAAAAGGUGGGCAACUCCCCUCAGGCCAUGAUCUACUACUCCUGGGCCAUGGAGCUUGAUCCGAAGGGUGUGAAUACCAAUCUGCGUGACAUAAUGACUAGUGUACCCACAGGUCCCCAACAGCCCUCUCUUGGUCCCUUCGCCUGUGCUAUCAGCACUUCCGCUUCAGGUCUAGCGGCGUCAGAGGCAUCGAGCUCUGCACCGAUUAUGACAGGCCUCAGCUCACGUUCGUAUCACCGACGUGGCGGAGCUGGCAGUGGUGCUGGACGCUCACGUCGUUCCACUCGGGGCCGUCAAGCCACCGUUCGCGGCGCUCCGCCUCGCCGUCUCUUCCUCACCUCUACCCUCUCCGCUGUUACCACGGCUGUCGCUACCCCCACUGGUGUUGAUAGCGAAGUCACCGGAGAUGUCGCUCCCGGAGACUCCUCGGCGGGGGCGAAUUUCUCUCUAUUCCCCGGUGGCGGAACCAGUAGGAGCAUUUUCCGUUUCUCGUGGAAUCGACGAAGAGGUGCUGCCUCCUUGGAGAGCGGAGGCGGAGAGGUGGAGGCCAUGGGAGAUGCGGAGGCGGAGACAGAGGAGGGCGAACGGGAGGGGGACGGAGAGGAGGAGGAAGAGGAGGAAGAAGAGACUAUGGACAUGGGUGAUGAUUAG